AUGGGUGUCAGUAAUUUUGCAUCUGUGUGUUCGAAGACACCGCUACCACUAUGCUCAAUCCUUAAAUCUAGCACACAUUUAGUUUUAUCGAAUUCUACCCUUAUUCAUGAUUUUGAUCCAAAACAUUUAAAUAUAGGUAUUUUGCCUCGUUGUUAUGCAAGAUCUGUUGAUUUAGCUAAUACGGUCAUAUUCGGGGUUGGGAAUGCAUUCAUUAAUAUAGGUGCUUUAGGUGUCAUUUUAAUCAUUAUUUAUAACAUUAGACAAAAAUAUACAGCUAUUGGAAGAUCGGAGUAUCAAUAUUUCUUUCAAUUGACAUUAUUAUUGAUAAUAUUCACAUUAAUAGUCGAUUGUGGUGUCUCUCCGCCAGGUUCCGGAUCAUUCCCUUAUUUUGUCGCAAUACAGAUUGGUUUAGCUGGUGCAUGUUGUUGGAGUUUAUUGAUUAAUGGGCUCCUUGGUUUUAAUCUAUGGGAAGAUGGUACAACGAAAUCAAUGUUAUUGGUAAGAGGUUUCUCAACUUUAGGAUUUAUAGCAAAUUUUUUAGCCUCAAUCUUGACUUUCAAAUCAUGGAUAAAAGAUCAUUCAGUAGCUAAUAUCAAUACUACCGGUAUGUUUGUUGUAGUUUACGUUAUAAACGCUAUAAUACUAUUCAUUUACACUAUUUGUCAGUUGUUGGUAUCCUUAUUCAUUGUUAGAAAUUAUUGGGUUACAGGUGCAAUUACUUUGGCUGUAUUUUUUUUCGUAAUGGGUCAAAUAUGUGUUUAUGCUCUAUCUACCCAAAUCUGUGAAGGUGUCAAACAUUAUAUUGAUGGAUUAUUCUUUGGGAGUGUCUGUAACAUUUUUACUUUAAUGAUGGUCUAUAAAAUAUGGGAUAUGACUACAGAUGAUGAUCUAGAGUUUAGCGUGAGUGUUAACAAAGAUGGUAGUGUGGUUUACGAUAAUUAA